CAACUCGUAGUGUCGCGGUCGGCCCAGUCCCUCAGUCGCUCCGCGGCCCGCGCCGACAUAACACAUUUCGCGUUCGUGCGCAGUUUUAUGACAUCAUUCAUGCUGAUCUCCGGUUGAUUUUCCUGCUGAUUGACCGCAGUGAGACACGCGAUAUCGCGAGUGCCGAAUGUUAGUGGUUGUCACGCGUGUACAUUUCCAUUGGAGACGCCAGUCGCCCACUAAACCAGUUAUAGUGGCGGACGGCGCUAGCUGAUGAGAUCGGAGUGACGUCGCCGUGACCCGGCCUGAGAUGAGCCCGUGAUCGUCUUGCGACAGUACCACGAAACCUCACCCAAUGAUCUCGGCCAGCCUGCCCGGCGAGGCACUGGUCCAGCUCGGGCCGCUGCAGCUCAGCCACCUGUACCCGGCCGCCACCAUGACGCCCGAGUUCCUGGCGCCCCCGCCGCGGCCCUACCCGCGCUACGCGGCCCGCCGGCCCCGCGACCUGCCGCCGGCGGCGCCCUUCGCCCCCGUGCCCGCGCCCUACUCCCCCUUCCUGCCGCACCCGUCGUAUGCGUCCUACCUGUACCGGUCGCGGGCGCCCCAGCCGCCGGCGUACCCUCUUAGGCCCAGGCCCACCUCGGGCUUCGUGCCCCCCGCGCCGGCACCACAUUCCCCUCACUCGCCGCCGGUGUCUGCGCCGGCACCGCAACCGCCGCCCAGAGAAGAGCCACCCAUGUCACCAGAGCGCGGAGCCCCGGCUCCGUACUUCUGCAGAGGAGCGCUGAUCCGUCUAGAAGACGGCACCCUCCGGCGGAUAGAGGAGAUGAGGACAGAAGACUUCGUGAUGAGCUCGGAGAGGACCGGAGAUGUGACUCUCACGCAGUGCACCCUGCUGCGGAUAGACGAGCGAGGGGAAAGACUGGCUUUGACUCUGGCAUACGACAGGAACCGCUCCCAAGUAGAGUUAGAAUCAACGGUGGAUCACCCAUACUUUGUGUACGGCCGCGGCUGGGCGUCAUGUAGACCGGAGCGUACUAUGGCGCGGUACGGCCUCCGCGUACAGAAGCUGCAGGUCGGCGACGUGUGCGUCACUUUAGUCGCUCGCAAACAUUCAACACCGACGUCUGUGAGCACCGCACCAGCGCCGGCGCCGCCGCAAACACACCCAGAAAACUUGAGCGUCAAAGAAGACGCGCGCAAACGCCGCUGGUCUGCAUCAGACGUGGUCGACGAGGGCCCUCCAGUUAAAAAGCGUUGAGGCGACAUCGAGCGAUAAUUUUGUUAAAGUCGUUUCAUUUAGUACAACGUUCUCAGAACUAAAUAGAAUAUAUCGUGGCAAUGUGUCGAUUUAAGACAGGUCCCAGUGAUAACACGUUUAACGGUCGCAAAUUCAUGUUCAUACGCUUAAAUUCGGGAACUUCUAGGUGCUUUUACAGUUGGGUGCUUCUAAAUGCGUUCGUGUACAAAUUGUAAAUAAUAUUCAAUAAUGUUUAAGUAAGAAGGAUGCUACACAAUGCUAUCAUUCGACAGUCUUACAUAUCACACAAAUGACUUUAAUAUAAAUCAUUACAUACGACCAUUUCAAUAUGUAUUGUAAUGCUUUCACUCACGCAAAUAAAAGUUUGGGAAUGAUGGCUCUAAAACUUCCUAAAACUCAAACCACUGUUAGUUGAUUUAAUAUUCCUGUAAUAUAAUUAACAAUGUUUCAUAUAGCACAAAAGUAAAUGACCUGUGCUUUUAUCAAGAGUUUUGCAGACUUGGUAGCGAUUACGCAUAUCAUAUGAAAAAUAUAGUACCAUUACUUGCCGCCAGAGGCGCUGAACACCUCUUCAUACAGCUAUUUGAUAGACGCUUUAUAUAAACUAAUGAUGGUAUACAGAUCUUAACAGUUAUGGAUAGCCUAGAUCGUCAGCCUGAAUGCGUUUGAAAGGUACAAUGGAUGUUAGUGAGGAUUACUUCACGUGAUUCUAGGUCAAAUUUUCAAAUAAUAUUGACACUGCUCCACUUUUCGGAUAUAAAUUAAAAGUUUAUUAAUAAAAUCUUAAAUUUAUUAUAAAAUCUAUUUUAUUCUUAGUUACAUUCUUGAAUAUGUACAUUAGAAUUUUGUGUAUGUACAUUAUUAGUAUCAUUAUGUAAUCCUAUAAAAGUAACAAUUGGUUAGAGUGAGAGAAAGGGAAACCAGACAGACUGGCGCCGUAACGCGUUACGUUACGAAACGGUAUAACCUCCCAUAAGAAGUAAUCACUUCAAAAUUGAUAUAAACCGUAUAUAUAAUUUAACAGAAAAAAGUUUUGUUAUAUUAAACCUGAAUUUAUACAAAAGAAAAUUGAAGAAUACAUUUUUAUCCCUUAUUUUUCUGUGACUAGUUUAGAAACACAUGUGAUUGCAUUUUUUAUUUUAUCCAGCUUAGACCGAGCAGUCAAGUUUUCCGUGAUUAUGGUUGUGACUGCAGACAUAUCCUUCGAUCCAUCAGACAAUAGCACUCAAUAUGAUAAUGGGUUAGUUCUCCCUGCUGUGUAGUUAGGUAGUGUAGUCUUCUGAACUGAGAAACUCUGACAAAUACGCUGUUAUUGUAAGUAAAGUUGUUAUCUAUAUAUUGUAUAAAUUAUAUCUUACAGUCAUAGCUGAUAAUGGAUACCAUCUCUAUUGGUUCUUACGUCCGUGUGAUACACAUAAAUUUUUCUAUGAGAAGAUGUAUACAUAAAACACAGUCUGUGAUAUUUUGUAGUUAUUGUUGUGUAGGUAUGAAGUAUUGCUUGAAUAAACAAGAUAUAUGUUUUAGAAUAAGUACUUGGUAAUUGGUAAAAAUUGUAGUUGAUUAACGGCCGUUUCAGUGACCUAUCUAUCUUUAGUUUAACUUACUAUAAGUAGACAAAUCGAUUCUUUUAAGCUUACUUACAUUUCAAUAACCUAUCGACAUAAAGCAUUGGACUAUAACUAUAUUGGACAUAACUAUGGAUAGAUAAGAUCUUGUCAUUAAACGGUGACAGCAAUGUAUCCGUAACUAUAGAUACGUUAUUGAAAACGGCCGUUAAUGUCGAUUCUAAAACUAUUUCGUUUGUGUUUUCAUUGACGUGUUAUUAAUAAAAUGCCAUUUAUAUAAGAAAUGCCAUAUGAAUUGCUUUUCAAGUGUGGUCGAUGGUUGUUUUAAAUAUAUGUAUUGGUCCAAUACACUAUUUAUUGGAUUUACUUUUUAAAUUAUUGUUAUUUCAUUAACUUUUAAAAUUUCACUUAAGUUAUAAAGUGAAUGUAUUCUAAUUGAAACUUUUUUGAAUCAAUCUCGUGUCAUAGCACAUUAUGUUUUAAAUUUUUAAAUUAAGAAUUAAUUGCACAAUAUUAAAAUAUGUAAGUAUUUUUGAAUUUAAUAAUUACCGUUCUUCCAUUAACGUUUGUACAUUAUCAACAUAGUUGUAGAGAAAAUUAUGAAAGUGCUAAUCUGAUGUGUAUUAUUUUAUAUUUGAUGGUAUAUUUUACUAUAUUAGUCAUGUCGAAACUCUUACUAUUGAAAUAAUUUUAAUUCCCAAUGUAAAAUACUUUAGUUGUCAUUAGUUUAAAAAAAAGUGUGUGCGUACUUAUGUAUGCACGCAAGAAGUUAUACUUCUUUGGCCUAACGAAGCAAAAAUCAUUAAAAUGAUUCAUUCCUCGUCCUAUUCUACGUUUUUAGAAAGAACAAUUAUGUAAAAAUCUUGCAACGAUGUCUUUGAUAAUUAAUUAUUAAAUAACGAAUAGGGCUGUAUGGGCUUGAACCCUUUGCCUAUCCUUAUAAUGGACGAAGAAACGAAAAAAAAUAACGAAUGUCGCAAACGUCAGAAAAUUUCAGGAACCAACUUCACUCUGUUACUUUUGUGUUAUAGUGAUGCGCGCACGUCUUUAAAUUUCACUCUCAUCAUUAUUUCAUAGCGCGCUUUAGAAGUAUAACUUCAAAAACUUAUUUAGGCUGUUGAAACUACAUGUGAAACUUUCUGGCUUAAUUUCGUUCGAAAAAUUGAUUUAGUUCCACUUUUACACUUACAAUAAUAAUUAGUUUUGAAUGCAAAUGAUUUUCAACUUUUAGUAUAUCGCUUAGAGUUCAAAAUUAUUGCUUAAUUUUGUAUCCAUAUCACGAACCUGACCGUAUAAACGAAAUGUUUCAUUGUGACGAACUGUAGUGCGAUGAAACACUACGACUAAGCUGCCAACGUUUCCGGCCAUUGUGUAAAUUUAUUGCUUGCUGGUUUUAAAACCAACAGAUUACAGUAAGAAUUACCGUAACAUAACGCGGUCAUAACCGUGCGAGCAAGCGGCAAUAUCGGCAAUACUGCUCACUCUUUUGAUAACGUGCCAUGAGUGUUGGCGGCUGGUUUAUUUUGUUGUAUAAUAUAUUAUGUAAUCGUAGUUUUAUUGUCUUAUUAUUUGUAAUUGUAAUGAAAGAUCUCAUUUUAUUAAUCGGUAUUUUCUAACAAGGCGCUUUCAUUAGAUCAUGACUAAGCCUACCUCACAAACUAUGACAAACGUCUCGCCGUGUUUGUUGUAGCUACAUUACCCAUUAUAUAAACAGGCCGAUCGGUAAAUAUUUAUUCUCUUCACAAUAUUCCAGCUAAACUGAAAAAAUUGUGAAAAUACAAGAUAUAAAAAUUAAAAUCAAGGUAUCGAAUUGCUGAUUAUAUACAUAAUUGUAUAAAUAUCAUUCCCUAAAAAUGCAAUCUUCACAAUUUUAAAUGUUUCUCAUACUAAUUUUAAUGCCUGAAAUUAAAUUUAAAAGUUAUUGUGAACAUAACACAAGACACAAAACUGGAUAUAUAUAGUAUUUCUGUUUAUAAACUUAAUUGUAUAAAUAUUUCUUCAUAACUGAAUACUGUUCUUAUCCAUGUUAAUAUUACCUAUUUAAUUUAUUGAGUCACCGCCAGAGGCGCUGUCAAAGUUCCCAUACAUUUCUAUAAUGAAAUGCAGAGCUACAUUCUGUUCGAAAAUCAAGACAAAAUUUGCAAAAAUAUUUUUAGUGUCACAAAGAUUAUUGAGUUUGUUAUUAUUAAAAUAAUAAGGCCUGGGUAUUUAAUAGCUAAUGUUAGAUUACACAAACUGGUCGUAAUUAAAGUCUAUGAAGAUCUCAAUUUGAUAAAAAUGAACUUAUAAAAAGACUGGGAUGCUUUACUAAAUGUUGUGGGACAGUAGUUUGAAUAUAUUACUUAAAUAUGCGAUAGGAGCAUUUAUUUUAUAAACGGUUCUCCGUUUCGAGCUGGGUGGACAAUCAAAUUAGUACAAAAUUCUAUGUAAAAAGUAUUAUUUCCCAAAAUCCAAAUUCAAAAAGUAUUAAGUUAUAAUUCAAGGGUGCUAUACAGUUAAGGCAUUGACUUCUACUAUAUACCACUGGACUGGCGGCUGUCAAAGUGCUUUUGUGCGUGUUUGAUAUUCGCCAUUUUGGCGCUGUUGGCCAUGUAGCGAGAGUCUACGGUACUAAAACUAGUGAUGACAACCCCAGCUAACAUCGACAGAUGGUGGGAAAUUAUUUACAAAAAAAAUGUGUACUUUAUUAAGUUGAUUCUUGAAGUAUAAAUAACACGGAAAACGAACGAAAUUUAUUCAAAAUGCAAAAAUUUACUAUUGUACGUUCUUUCGCAGCCAUCUGUAUUAUACGUCAAAAUUAGUUCUCUGGAUGCUCGCAAGUGGCGCUUCAAAUAGGCACAAAAAAUUUGCUGUCAAACAUAUGGAACAGUCUGUUCAGUGGUAUUUAUACAGAUCAGUGAGUUAAGUUGUCGUUUUCUGAGCUCAUCGAGAAUGAUCUAUCCUAUAUUAAAAUAUUGGUAGACUUAUAUAUUAUUAUGUAGUUUGUAUAUAAGUAAUUUCGCUCUUUCGCGCCAUCUUUAGUUUUAAUCCGUCAUUGUUAACAUAUUAAUAUACUUUUAAAACUUAAUGCUUGAUAAUUUUUGUAUUAGUCAAAUAGAAUUGAUGAAUAUUUCAAUAUUCUAUACAAAAAAGAAUAAAUUAAGUUAAAAUACAAAGGAUGUAUAUCAACUAACGUUUUCACAGGUUCAUUUUGGAUUUAUUACGGUAUUUCUGUAGAUACAAAGAAUGUUAAUGUUUUUCUAAGUCACUUAAAAUUUUAGCACUGUUAUUUUUUAUACUAAUUCCUAACUAAGCACAAAACUACAAUAAUAUGUAAACAUUUUUAUAUGUUAGCAACAUUUUUUUUAUUAUUUUGCAAUAACUAAACAACCGUCUGGUUGUUAGUGUCAGAAAAAUUCUAAUACAAUCACCGCUAUUUUAUUACUAUCAAAUUUCAUAUUAAUGAUAACAACAGCUUGGCGAAACUCUAAGAGAAGCGAUUCACUCGAUUAUAUGAAACGGUGCAGUCAUUGAUAGAUUGACAGAUGACGGCUAUAAUCUUGUUAAUAACGGAGAUAGCCGAAAUCCACUACGUUUAAAGGAACUGUUUGCUUUCAAACGUAGCCGGAUUAUACUUCGUCGCCAUAUUGUAAUUACUAUUUCGAUAUUAUGUCAAAUCAUUGCACGUUUCAUACUAAACUAAAUUUCAAUUUUUACUUAGGCAGUUCCGCCUCUUAUUACGUAGUAUUUACAUCCUCUUUGGAUACCAAACCGCGUAUUGACCGCAAAUAAUUGUUACUGAAUAACGAUAGAUGCUUUUAGAAUUAUGUAUUUAAUUAAUACAUAAAAUAUCAACAUUAAACUACUUAUAAAUUUAUAUUACCAUCCAAACACAAAUUCAUUUAAUAUGAACCACUUAACAUGUAAAAUACCACAUUAGGUUCUCAGUAUGCCAAUAAAAUGUAGAUAUGGCAUAUAAUGAAAUUAAAAAAUAUGUUUUUUUUAAUCAAAUCAUAUAAUAUUAAUUAUCAUGGGUAUACUAUAUACAGAUUAUGACGUAAUUAUGUGUUUUUUUUAUUUCUUAAAUCACUGUUAAAGGUUUUUGUUUAAAUCAAUUUGAGUUUGUGCUUUGAAUUUGCUUUGUCGUUCAAAUACCACAUUAAAAAUUUAUGUGUCAUUAAUUGAAUAGAAAAAUAAUUGUUAUGAAUAAUUUGUAUAUUAAAUUGUAUAGCAGAUUAUGUAAGAGAAAGUGUUUAUAACAGAAGAUAAUAUGAUAAGUUAAAUGUUUGUAAAAAGAAGAGAAAUAUGUUUAAUGAAUAUUUGAUAUAUA